GCCCACAAUUGGUUGCGCACGCCCAUCACGGGCAGGCACGUCACGUGACCCAGCGGCUCUACCGCCAUCUUGUUUUGGAAUCCCCGCACACGGAGGAGGUGGCGGAGGAGGGAGGGUGACGUGUCGUGACGUAACGUGGAUUAUCGUGACUGAAGCGACACAUUGAGAGAGUCCCCUGGGGGAGGAGAUACCCGGGGAGGAGAGAGACAACAGGAAAAAGACAAGCCUCCGAGAGGAGAAGAUACAGGCCUGAGGGACACAGCGGGAUAGGCCUGAGAUAAACAGCUGAAUACAGACACAAAUUUAUAAACAUUUAGAGCACAGGCCUGAACGCAGAGACAAAACUAACUAUAUAUAUGUAUAUACACACAGGCCUACACACGAGGGGCUAAAUGUAUAUGCGUGUAUAUAUAUACAUGCAGAGGCCUGUUGUAAACAUCGCUACAAAGUGACAGGCACUUACUACACAGGCCUGACAGACAUAUCCAAAAACUAAGCAGGAAGAGAAGCUUGACACAGAACUAAAGGCGGCCUGUGGGCCGUAGCACACACCGGCUUGGGAGUGCCAGUUCUCUGCAAACAGGAGACUGGCAGGUCGGAGUGACCUAUGUUUACACAGACUUAAGUCAUCCACGGAAGAGUGGAACUGAAGGUCUGAGAGCUACGAAUACAUAUGUAUGCAAAGAUCUAAGCAACUUAUAAGUAUAGUCCGUCUGUUUUUAAAAACGUUUUACAUCAAUAUACAAAACAGGUUUCAGAAGGGCAUCAAGUGCAUGCACUUAUCGAGAGGAUUGUUAUAUGUAUAUACAGAGAGAUAUAUAUACGUUUGUAUAUAUGUAGAGUGACGGUUAAACCUAAGAGAUACUUCUUGUAUUGAACAUUAAAACUGAUAUGAUACUCUGUGUAAUUGUGAAGCAGGUGUCUGACCAAUAAAAGAAGUGUAACUGAGAGGGUGUAAAGUGACUCCACUAAGAAGAUACCGCAAGAGGCCUUUAGCAAGAAGCAUUGACUUAUUGACUUGGGAAAAAUAUAUUACUAAGCCACAGUGACCAACAACUUGAAAAGUUACAUACAGACCUCAGAGACAAGAGCAAAGUACUGAAUUUCAAAGUACUGAAUUUAAGCAUUGCCUGGUGGUAUUUAAGCAUUUACUUAUAUAAAAGACUUAGAGAGAAAUUAACGCCUAAGAACGAUAUAGGCAAGCAGAAGCCAGAUUCCUGAGACUGCUCUCUUACCAGCUGCCAGUGUAAAAUAAAUCAAGAGCUUUGCAUAAAGAGUGUGGUGAAGACCAAGGAUAUUGUGGUUAUCUGUUUGCAUCUUCAUCUCAUGAAAACAACUCACUGAGAAAUCAUUCCAGCUACAGGUACCCAAACUUCGGCUAAUUAUGGCUGCAGAGACCCUAAACUUUGGGCCUGAGUGGCUCAGAGCACUAUCCAGUGGGGGUUCUGUGGUGUCCCCCCCUCCCUCCCCUGCUAUGCCAAAGUAUAAACUUGCAGAGUAUCGAUAUGGACGUGAAGAGAUGUUAGCACUUUAUGUGAAAGAGAACAAGGUUCCUGAAGAAAUGCAAGAUAAGGAAUUUGCUGUGAUUCUAAAUGAGGAGCCUUUGCAGCCCCUUGCUCUCCUUCCACUUACUGAGGAAGAGCAGAGGAAUUUCUCCUUGUCUGUGAACAGUGUUCCAGUUCUUAGACUGAUGGGGAAGGGGGGUGCUCCCCCUCCUGGAGGAGUCUCAAGAGGCAGAGGCACAACUCGUGGGCGGGGAAGAGGUCGUGGAGAUUCAGCUGUUUACCCACGAGCUGCUGAUGAUGGGGACUCUGGAUUUGGACGUGGGGGGCGUGAAAUUCACCGUAGCCAAAGCUGGGAUGAUAGGGGGGAGAGAAGAUUUGAGAAGCCAAUUCGGAGGGAGGCAGUUCGUGUGGGUUUUGAAGAGGCUGCUGUACCUUCUCGGAAGGAGUUUGCUCGCUCAGACAGUGACAACUGGCGCACACUGAGGGAUGGACAGGAAGAAGAUGAUGAGGGCAGCUGGAGGCUUGCUUUAGCACGAAGAGAUGAGAGGUGGAGAUCCACCAGUCCUGGAGGGAGUGGAGCAGAGUUGCCACGCUCCGCUGGAUGGAGGGAACAUGGGGAACGUAGACGGAAGUUUGAUUUCGAUGUUGCUCGUGAUGAGAAUGGAGGACCACCUCGGAGUGGACGGGGAGGCGAAAAUUCACAUGAAGAUGAGAGGGAUGGGCUUCCUGAAUGGUGCAUGGAUGAUGAAGAUGAUGAAAUGGGUACCUUCGAUUCUACAGGAGCUUUUAUGUCUUUCAAGAAGUGCCCCAAAGAUACCAUCUUAGAGGAACAAGAGUUUGAGUUCCUGGGAGUGGAGGAAGAGGAAGAAGAAAAAACAGAAGAAGUAUCUGAUAAGACUAAAGAUGAAGUCUUUGCUUCACAAGAUGUUCUUUCAGAAACCUCCUCCAGCUCACCCUCACCUGCAAACACUCUAUGGGGAAGUGGACUUUAUACUGAAAUAGAUGGAGAGCGUGGCCCUGAAAUCUCAUCUGCAGAGGGUGAGGAGGUAGGACUGGGAGAAAAGCAACAGAGCUUAGGAGGGGAAGGUGAAUCUGGUCCAUUCACUCCAACUUCACACUCCCCACUUUCUUCUCUUCCUCCUUCUGACUCCUCCCCCCCACUUGCUGCUACUGAAUUUUCUGUGGGGGAUCCAGAGGAGGAUGAAGGCAUGAAACAUCUUCAGCAGGAAGCAGAGAAGUUGGUUGCCUCCUUGCAAGAUUCCUCCCUGGAGGAGGAUAGUUUCUCUCCUGCACGUUCUAACGGUGCUGCUGCACUACCCCUUACCCAUGAGGCUGCAAUGAAAUGGUUCUAUAAGGAUCCCCAGGGGGAAAUCCAGGGACCUUUCAAUACACAAGAGAUGGCUGAGUGGUGUCAGGCUGGAUAUUUUACCAUGUCCUUGUUGGUGAAGCGAGGAUGUGAUGAAGGUUUCCAGCCCUUGGGUGAGGUCAUCAAGAUGUGGGGGCGAGUUCCCUUUGCUCCUGGUCCUUCCCCUCCACCACUGCUUGGUAAUAUUGAUCAGCAGUGCCUGAAAAAACAGCAAGAAUUAGCUCUGUACCAACAGCUCCAGCAUCAGUACUUGCUCCAAAUUAUUAACAGGCAGCAGUACUCCCAGCAGAAGUCUGGAGAUCUGACUCCUCAGCAACAGCAGCAGCUUACACUGUUCCUGCAGCAAUUAAACCCCAACAAAUCCAGAGGAUCUGAUGCUGCUCUCCUUCCUUCUAUGAAUAGAUCUCUCUCUGUGCCAGACACUGGAUCCUUGUGGGAUCUUCAUACCUCAGCUUCGCAGACAACAGGUGGGGAAUCCGCUCUGUGGGACCUACCUGUGACAUCUGCAUCUCAGGGGCCAAUUUUGGAACAGCUGCAACUGCAGCAGAAGCUGCAGGAACGCAGAGAUGUGGAACUCAGGGCUAAGAGGGAGGAAGAAGAGAGGAAGAGGAGAGAAGAAAAGAGGCGCCAGGAGGAACAGAAGAGAAGAGACCAGGAGGAGGAACUGUUCCGGCGGAAGCAGUGUCGUCAGCAACAAGAGCUGCUUCUAAAGCUUCUACAGCAGAGUGGGCAGCCCUCAUCACCACCUAUCUGGGGGUCUCAUGGGAAAGGCCUUUCAUUUAAAACUGUGCUGGAAAUGCAGGAGAGGGAAGGACAGCUUCUUAAGCAACGGCAGCCCAAUAGGACAGGGCAUGGAGGUUUGGGGAUGUCUAGUUCUUCAGUCCUUCCUACUCAGUGGGGUAGUGAUGCUGCCUCCCUCUGGGGGGGUCUGGAAAAGAGCCCAUGGGAGGAAAGUGUCAAGACCUGUGGAACCAGUAGAGGGUUGAGAAACAGUCGUAGCAGCCCCUCCCUCACCGACACAUUCUCUGCAUCGGCUCGCCGCAAAAAGACAGAAGAAGAAGAGAAGCUUCUGAAACUUUUGCAGGGCAUCAAACCAUCGGAUGGUUUUACUCAGUGGUGUGAACAGAUGUUACACAUCCUGAAUACAUCCAAUAACCUUGAUGUUCCCACAUUGGUGGCCAUCUUGAAGGAGCUGGAGUCCCCCUAUGAUGUUCAUGAUUUUAUCCGCUCCUAUCUAGGGGAAACCCUUGAAGCCAAAGAGUUUGCAAAACAAUUCCUUGAAAGGAGAGCGAAGUACAAAGCCAGCCAGAGACAGCAGGAAGCCUCUUGGUUCAAUCCAUCCAUGUUUCCAUCAUCCCAGAAUUCCAAGCCAAGUGGAUAUGAUGCACAGAACAGCAAAAUGAAGAGGAGAAUACAUAUGUUACACUCAGAUCCCAGCAUAUUGGGUUACUCCCUUCACGGCUCACCAAAUGAAAUGGAAGCCGUUGACGACUACUGAGGAGUGUUCUCUCCAGCUGAUGCCAUCUUUAUUUCAUCCGCCGCAAUAACUGCGGCAUAAAUGCACUGCAAACUUUACUCCCUCCCUUUGAACAAGGUUGGGGGGAAAGGAAAGACUGGGAGAGGUGGGGUUAAGAGCUACCCCACCUAGAGCCAGGGAGAUGGGGUGGGGAGGUUCAAAAGAAGGGGGACCCCCCUCAUCUCCUCCCCCCGCUCCCCAAAACAUGAUGCACUCAUUUUAAAGCACCUUAAAACAAUGCACUUUACAGAAACUGAUCAAAAAUCUGAAAUAUUCCUGUUUGUUUUUUGUCAUUUUGUUCAAAUGUUUUUGAUAGAAAAAUUUAAAAAAAAAAAAAAAAUCCCGAAAAAGGAGGGGAAAAACUGGAUUUAUCGACUGUCUUGACCGUUUGUUACUAGUUUGCUUGACUCUUGACCUUUUUUUGUGUGACUGGUUUUUGUUUUUAAAAAAAAAAAGAAGCUCUGGACUUUUUAAUUUUUGACCAUUUUUGACGUUUUGUUUUUGUAUCAGAAAGUGAAGUUUUCGGGCAAAGACAAGUUAUUAAAAAAAAUAAUUAUUUUGAAAAAAAACAAAUAGCCAAAAAUACUUAUUUUUUUGUUUUUCCUCAAUAUCUAUUUUGUUAAGAAAAAGAGAAAAGAAAAGAAAAACAAAUGGGGAAAAAAAGCUUAAACUAAAAAAAAAACAAUUUAAAAACUAAAAUAAAAAAUCCGCUCUUUUACAAAGUGGAAGUGUUCUUCGUUGAAUCCCCUCUUGUGUUGAGGAGAGAAGCGGAGAAUGAGGGGUUAAUCCAACAAAACUUGAAAGAAUGCACUUAUAUAGUUAAGUCCAUGUUCUUAAUUGUUAAUUUUUUGCACAGAUGUUUUUUUUUGUAUAUAAAAAUUGAAAAUGAGAAAAAUAUCCCAUAACUGUUAAGAUUUCCAUUCUAUAUAUGUAUAUUUUUUUUAUGGACACACUUGCUUCUUAUUGUGUAUUGAUCUUUGGCCCAAAACUCUUAAUCCUUUAUAGGAUCCCAAACCACGAUGGGCAAGAUCUAAAGCAUUAAUGAGUGCCAGGACUGUCAGGCACUUAUUACCCAGCUACCCUACAAAUCCUUACAGCUCCUUAGUAAAAGGCCUGUGGGAUAAUUAGCAUCUACUGUGUUUUAUUUUUUUAAGGGGAAAGUUUGAUUCUCCUAACUGUUUUUCUCCUUUUUAAAGGGACUGAUUUAAGGUACUUGUUCUCCUUAACCACAAUAACCUAAACUGUUUAAUUUUUUUUUUUUGGUGUUUUAAUCUGCUUUUGUUUACAAAAUGUCCUUAAGUUGGAUGGGAUGUGGUCAUCGGGUUGGAACUGUAAAGGGAGGACAAUACCCUAAGGAUUUCAAAUAAUGCAAGAGGCCAUGUAACCUCCUCCCACACGUACACAAACAUACAAAGGACUUGUCGGAUCGUGGAGUAAGCAUUGUGGGGGUGUACGGUGCACUUGCCUUAAUGUUGACAUCACAGCUCUACACCACCCACAGGCCGAGCAUCCUGUAAAGACUAUUUGGGACUGGAGCAGUAUUUCCAACACUUGGGUUGGUAUGACCAGCCUACAAAACAGAAAGCUGCAAACCUGGCUAUGAAAUGCCAUAUUACCAUGCUAAUGGCAUUUCACUUUAUGCUGCGAGAGGAGGUGAAUUAUGCAGUGAAAUGGACUGACUGCCAGCAGGAUUUGUACGAAGUUUCUGCUACCACUUUCCUCCUGAUGGAAAAAAAAAAAAGCAAAAAACAGUGUUUAAAGCUUUUAGGGUCAAAGACUGAAAACCCUAUAAGACUUACUUGAUCCUUUGCUGCCUGGGUAAAGGGUACAGCAACUCUUGACCAGACACAUUUGGAUUUAUGAACAUGUAAUUUGUAAAUAUAACUUUUCUGUAAUUGAGAAAACGCUAAUUUGCCUAAAUGGCUGUUUUAUGCCUAAAAAAACGCUCCUUUUUUUCUUUUUUUCCCCCCCUCUGCUGUGGAUUUCAUGUGUAUAUUGCCACAAGAAUGUAUUAGGGCAGAAGCUGGCAUCCAGCUACCACUCUGCUCCUGGAGCCACCUCCAGCCCCUUCUUCCACCUGCAUGGCUGUGGUGUGCUCAGGUCUUGGGGUUACUGUAUAUAGUUGUGCCCUUGAUGGGGGUGUACGUGGUGCAUCCAAAAGAGUGACCACCUCAUUCAGUGAGUGUAUAUAGUGGGGUAUACUACUUGUAUAGCUUACAUGUGUACUGUGCUGAAUGUAAAAUACACACAGAGGAGGUAUACAUUAAAUAUAAGUAUUAUACACACGUACAUACAUGUAUUUGUAUGCAUAAGAUGCAGAUAUGUUUAUAUGUACAUAAAUAUGUGUCUGUGUGUGUAUGUAUAUAUAUAUAUAUAUAUAUAUAUACACACACAUACACUUGCAUAACUAAAUAAAUCUGUUCAGGUCAUGGAUGUUCAGAUUUAAUUAUUAUAGAUAUAAAUGUAUCUGUACAUUGUGUGUAUAUUUACUAAUAUUUAGGUUAAUCUGCUAGUGUGUAUGUAUGCACGCAUAUAUGUAGUUACAUACCGGUUAUAUAGAUCUAUAUCAUUCAUAUGUCUGUGUGUGUAUAUAUCUCUACGUAUGCAUGGAUGUGUAUUUACGCACACGUUAGUGUGCAUUUGUAUGUAUAGAAUCUGUACUUUGGUGCCUGCCUUAGGUAUAUCUCCUUCCCUAGCAGCAGGCUUAUGCAGACCAAAUAGGUCAGGGCCAUGUAAAUCUCAUGGGGCUGGGGUAUAUAUCUAUGUCAAUUUUUAUAAGUGCUUGCGUUUGCAUAUAUAUACACACACACACAUAUCCUCACAUAUACACACUAUUCUGUUUGUUUCCUGCAGUUUUCUCUAUUUUGUGAUGUCUUGCCUUAUUUUUUCAGUAUUAAAAGGUUUGAAGUGAAUUAAAUUUGUUUGAAAUGCACAAUAUAUAGAUCUAUAUACCCAUAUAGAAGAACUAAUAUGUAUCAGUUACAGCAAUAAGGAAAGUGUAAGGAAAAUGUGGUUUUAAUGCGCUGUUUUGGGGUGAUAAGGGUAGAUAUUGUGGAGCUACCUACAUUUACCCAUAUUAAUCCCAGUAAUUUUGCAUUUAUUAUAUUUGUGCUCUCGUUAAUUCAGGGGCUUUUACCCCUUAUUGAUAUAUUGUCCCAGCCAUGCUCCUGAAGUGAGCAGUUCAAUAGGAAUAUCUAUAAAAGGCCAUCAUUUUUCAUCAUUAGACUUCUACUACAGACCCGAUCAGGUUUGUAUUGAGGUCACUAUGUAAUCUACCCUCUGAUAUGAUUAAAGGGAACUGUAGUCACAUUACUAUAUUGAAAUCCCUAUGUGUAACUCUAGCAUGAUCUCAUCUCAAAUCUUCAAGUACUGGAACAUAGGUGGGUUAAAGUGACAUAAUAGUGCUACUGAUAGAAUGCUCUAAAUCAUUAGGGUUUUUAUUAUUCCAAAAAUGUUUGCCUCUACUUUGGGUAACUAAAUGUUUAACCCUUUUGCAGGGCUAAAAGUCCACACAGGAGCACUGCAUUACCGUUUAUUGGUUAGACAGUGAAAGCAGCCAAUCGGUGUCCAGCUUGGGACUGGAACCUGCAAGGGUGAAACAUAUUUACAGACUUUUUGUGCAAUAAUAGAAUUCUUCAACCUAUCGGAGCAUAUUCUUACUGCAAUAUUAUGUUUCUUUAAGCAGCAAUACAGCCAGUUAUUUUCAUCUAUGUUCACUGGUUACACAGAGCCCUGUUUCAAUGUGAGCAGUUUCCAACUCUAACACACAGUUGUCUUUAUCAGUGUUUCUGUAGAAUGAAUAUACUCUCCCACCCAAUCACCCACAGUUUUUUAGAGGCUAUAACAUUUUGCAAAGAAAAAAAAAAGAGCUCAGUUCAGGUUGACAAGACCCAGUAAUGUGUAGAAUUGAAUUAUCAGUCCUCUAGGGCUAGUCAAAGGUAAGUUGUGUUUUUUUUUUGUUUUUUUUUUAACAAUUGGAAUAUUAACUAAAUGAUGUCAAGAUCAUUGUAAUAAUUAUAUUAGGCUCUUGGUAGCUUUAUGGGCCAUUAAGGGAGCAAAAGAAUGCCUCAACUGAAAUAAAAAUGCAUACUUGUGUAUCUAGAAUUUGAUUUCUUUGUAACAAAAAUGUAUGUACUUUUUUUUUUUUUUCCUUUCAGAUUGAAUCUAAUCUAUAUUUGGGCAAUGUAAAAAGAGAAGGGGAGUAUAAAGGGUUGUUUAAAUGAUGCAAAUGUUUGCCAAGGUCAUUCACCAUUUGUAAUUCACUCUAUGCUGUUGUAUAAUUGGAGCGAAUGGGUGAUCGCUUUGGUUUCUGUUUGUUAGCCAAUUAAACGCAGGUUUGGUAAAAAGAAUAAA